AUGUACAUCUAUCUAUCUAUCUAUCUAUCUAUCUAUCUAUCUAUCUAUCUAUCUAUCUAUCUAUCUAUCUAUUUCAAUCUGUUCAUUAUCUAUCUAUCUAUCUAUCUAACUAACUUCUUUAUCAUUUUAUCUGUUUAUAUAUUUCAUUGUGCCCAUAUCUGUCUCUGUCUAUUAAUUUCUACCUAUCUAUCUAUCUAUCUAUAUAUAUAUUAUGGUAUAUUCAUAUCUACCGAUUUGCCCAUUCAAACCUAUAUAUUCACGUGUAUCUAUCUAUCUAUCUAUCUAUCUAUCUAUCUAUCUAUCUAUCUGUCUGCCUCAGUCUGUUUAUAUCUAUCUCAAACUGUUCAUAUCUAUCGCAGUCUGUUUAUAUCUAUCUAUCUAUCUAUCUAUCUAUCUAUCUAUCUAUAUAUCCCAAUAUUUAUCUAUAUAUCUCAAUCUGUUCAUAUCUAUGUCUGUUUAAUCAUGUUAUCGAUUUACUUAUUGGCAUCUAUCUAUCCAUCUAUUUAUCUAUCUUUUUUGCUGUCAGCCUGUCUUUAUUCAUUAUCUUUUUACAUAUCUGUCUGCCAGUCUAUUUGCCUGUCCAUAUAUUUCCUUAUAAUCUUUAUAUCUAUCUAUCUAUCUAUUUGUCUGUCUAUCUCACUCUUUUCAUAUUUAUCUACUGCGUUGAGUCUUUCCAUAGUUAUCUAUCUAUGUACUCAAGUGUAUUCAUAA